GCGGACAGGAAGCGGGGAGGACCGGAAGCGCGGCCGGGCGGCGUUGCCGUGAGAGCGGGCCCGGAGCCGCCAUGGAGGCCGCCGCCGCGCUCACCGACAUGUACGACCAGGCGCUGCUGGGGAUCCUGCAGCACGUCGGGAACGUGGAGGAGUUCCUGCGCGUUCUCUUCGGCUUCCUCUACCGCAAGACCGACUUCUACCGCCUCCUCCUGCGGCCCGGGGACCGGCUGGGCUUCCCGCCCGGCGCCGCGCAGGCCAUGACCCUCCAGGCGUUCAAAGUCUUUGAGCGAAUGGCCCGGCAGGAUGAUGAGAAGAGGCGCCGAGAGCUGGAGGCGAAGCUAAGGAAGAAGGAGGAGGAGGAGGAGGCUGCCGCAUCCGCCGAAAGGGUGAAACUGUCCCCUGCAGCUCAGGAGGUUGAGGUCGAGACAACAUCAGAGGACAUCCCAGCGCCGGAUGCCACGGGAGCUGCGGGGAUGCAGGAGUCAGCUGUAGCCCAGGAUGCAGCCCCCAGCCCUGUGUCGGCAGAGCCCCCGGGGGCCACUGCCCCAGCAGAGCACCGGCCAGCAGAACUGCCCACGAGACAGGAGCAGUUCCAGACAAACCCCGACAGCUACAACGGGGCUGUGCGAGAGAAUUAUGCCUGGUCCCAAGACUUCAGUGACCUGGAGAUUAAAGUGCCCGUGCCCAAGCACGUCGUAAAAGGCAAACAGGUGUCUGUGGAUAUCAGCAACAGCACAAUUCGCGUAGCGGUGCUGGAGGGGAGCAGUCAGCGUGUCCUCAUGGAAGGGAAACUCACCCACAAGAUCAACACAGAGAGUUCCCUCUGGAGCCUGGAGCCAGGGAAGUGCAUUUUGAUCAGCCUGAACAAAGGGGAUGAGUACUGGUGGAACGCCAUCCUGGAGGGUGAGGAGCAGAUCGACAUCGACAAGAUCAACAAGGAGCGCUCCAUGGCCACGGUGGAUGAGGAGGAGCACGCCAUGCUGGACCGCCUCACCUUCGACUACCACCAGAAGCUGCAGGGCAAGCCCCAGAGCCACGAGCUGAAGGUGCAUGAGAUGCUGAAGAAGGGCUGGGACACCGAGGGCUCCCCGUUCCGCGGCCAGAAGUUCGACCCCUCCAUGUUCAACAUCUCCCCCGGCGCCGUGCAGUUUUGACGGCGUCAGUAAAACCGCCGAGAAACGAAGUGGGGAGAGGAGAAACCCACCCACCCACCCGCCCGCCCUCCUGGGACCCUCGCGCCCAGCGCCGGUGCCCGUUAACCCGCUGGCUGGGGAGAUGCGCUGCCGGCAUCCUUCCGCUGCCUUCACCACCCGGCACCGGCACCGGCCGUUUGAUGUACGCGCAGGGAAACCUGGCGAAUGCAGAUUUACGUCCCAUCACCAAGGCAACCCGGAGCGGCUGGGACCCUUCUCCUCUCCUCGCCUCGCGCUGGCGACGGCGCGGUUGUUUUUCAGGAAUAGACGGAGCUCGUUGGGUGACAUAAUUAUUAUUUCUGGUGGCUGAGGAUGCUUCUUUGCAGGCUUCUGGGGGGGCAGCUCCCUCCCUGCCCUGGCACCGGGCAGCUUUGCCCCUUGCAGGUGGCAGGGAGCAGCGGGGCUGUCACCCGUAACACUGUGGCACGGGGCCGGGGGGGGGUGGUGGUCCAGGCUGUGCUCGGGGGUCCCUGGCAGGGGGUACAGGCCCAGCCCUCGUAGCCACCAGCCCCCCCCAGUAGCCCUAGAAAUGUCUGGGCUUCCCUGGCACAGCACUUUGGGGGCUGGGAGGGGGGACAUGGGAGCCCUCGGGCCCACCCCCCCAGGCCCAGCCCAGCUCUUGCAGCUUCCCAGUGGCCCCCACCCUGGGGCAGUGGGCUGGGGGUCCCCGGCCAUCGCCUUCCCCCCACCCCCCUUUAUUUUGGUUUGCAAUAAAAAGGUUUCUGGAG